AUGGUUGUUAUUACCGGUCUUCCGGAUUAUGACACUGAACGUCAAUCCAGCGUGGCGCCUGGAAUCCCUCCGUUCGCGGGUCGACUAGGAGGACAGCAGGAAUAUCCUGAUCGCAAUGAUCCCCGCAAUACAAAACUGCUCAAGGAAAUCCCAGAUGCAGCACCUCGCAUGCAUCUAUCCGAGGUUUUUGACCUCCGGGGAUUCGUCAGUUUGGAUCUAUGGAAGUUUGCUCUUUUAGAAUGCGUUGGAAGCAUGAUGUGCACCUUCAUGACCGCCUGGGUAACAACCCACGCGCCCUCCAAAACCGAAUCCCCCAAAACCGAAGCUGGCAUCUACCACACCCUCACCUUCUUUUCCCCCCUCUUCGGAGGAAUAACCAACGUCCUCCUCAUCCCCCUCCUCAUCUACACCUUCUCCCCCUCCAGCGGCGGCCAUAUCAGCCCCACAAUAACCCUCGCCACCUUCUUCGCGCGCAUGAUCUCCUUUCCACGCAUGGUGCUGUAUCUUGGCGGACAGACCUUCGGCGGCGCACUGGCUGGUUUCGCAAUGCGCACUGCGUACGGGAGCCGCGAGUUUACGGUCGGCGGGUGCUAUGUGGAUACGGAAUUGGUUCCUGUGAAGGAUGCACUGGUGAUUGAGUUUAUGAGUUGUCUUGUGUUGGUUUAUGUGGCGUUUGGGGUUGCGUUAGAUCCGAGGCAGGCGAGUUUGUUUGGGCAUGCGGCGUCGCCGUGGUUGGUGGGGUUAGUGUUGGGGAUUGUUAGUUGGGGAUCGGCGUUUACGAGGGAGGGGUAUAUUGGUGCUAGUGUCAAUCCGGCACGGUGUUUCGGGGUUUAUGUUGCGUCGUCGUUUCCAGGUUAUCAUUGGAUUCAUUGGGUCGGGCCACUCGCUGCUUCCAUUGGUCAUGGAUUGAUCUAUUAUCUCGAUCCGCUCUGGGUUGAUCCCAGACCGAAGAGUGCAUAG